AUGACCAAUCCAAAAGAACGUGUCAAGGCAAUAGACUUGAGAAGUGGGCGAACAUAUGAGCAGCCACAAGCAGCAAGUACCGAGCAGGCAUGGGGAGGCCAAGUCCAAGAUGAAGGAAGUAGAGCAGGAAGUGGCCUACAAAAAUUGCAUAUUAAUAUUCCUCUCAUUGAAGCCUUAGAGAAAAUGCCUAAAUUUGCUAAAUUUUUGAAGGAUAUAUUAUCAAACAAGUGGAAAUUGAAAGAGCAUGAGACUAUGAUGCUAAUCGAGGAGAGCAGUGAAAUUUUACAAAAGAAGUUGCCGCCUACGUUGAAAGAUCUAGGGAGUUUCACGAUCCCUUACACUAUAGGAAAUUCCUAUUUUGAUAAAGUUUUAUGCAACUUAGGGGCAAAUAUUAAUCUAAUGUCUCUCUUUGUUUUCAGGAAACUGGGUCUUGGAGAAGCAAAGCCAACCACCAUCUCUCUACAGUUGGCGAACAGAUCUAUUAAAUACCCGAGAGGACUCAUUGAGAACAUACUGGUGAAAGUUGAUAAGUUCAUCUUCUUGGCUAACUUUGUUGUACUUGAUAUGGAGGAGGACGAGGAGAUCCCUUUGAUAUUGGGCCGACCUUUCCUUGUGAUGGGGAGAACCUUAAUUGAUGUCCAGUAA